AGCAACAACACCACGAUGUUUUAUCCAUGAGGCUUUGCCAAGUCUGCCAUCCAUAUACGGAAAACUUUGCAAUAUGCUCCCUCCAUAUAUGGAUUGUCCUUAAGCCAUCGUCCUCAUCUUCGAACGUUCUUCCUCACGUCUGGGUUGAUUGCCCGUUUCGCAGCUCAAUAUGGAAACCAACGGCUAUCCAAACCAAAAUGGCACCAUCUACAGACCAAAUGGGAUGAAUGGCGCAUCUCCAAUGCAUGCAAAUAGACAAACACGACCAAGAGUGCUUACCGUCGACGAAGCUCUACCAUAUUCACCCUUCUCCUCGGUGGUCCCUUUCAACUCAGACAUCGUUCCUGUCCCUUCGAUUGGUCUUCGAUCUUCCCCCUCAAUAUUUUCAACACAAGAAGAACGCGACACCGCAAGACAUGGUCUCGAUAGCCUCAAUCGCGAAGCUCGAGUUCCGAACAAUACCUCCGACAGAUUGCAGAGAUCAUUAAACGACCUAAAAGAUCUCUUGAAGCCGGAAGGAAUUGCUCAAUUCAAAUUCAAGAUUAAACCCAAGCCUUCCUCACACCACUCACCGAACGAACUUCCAAAGCUAUCUCUGACACCUUUCGCAAAGAUGGUGUAUGAUCAUACCAACGUCGAGUUCACGUAUCCUUCCCCAGAGAGACCGAGUCCUCCAAUUGCGAGUGGCAUGCCUUCCUCACAAAAGACAAGACCACCGUCGAAGUCGAAGUCGCAGCAAGCCUCGCGCCAAGCCUCGAAUCAAAAGGCUCACGAUGACAAUACGAUAGUUGUAGCUUCCCCAUCGAAUGGAAGGUCAACCAAAAGACAAUACGCUACUCCCCCUUACCAGGCUCCUCCUAAAUCCAAUUCGAGUUUCGCUGUAGUGAUUCCCAAACCUCCGGAGAACUUCAAUCGCCAAGAAUAUGUAUCUUCUCAGCCGAAGGCCAAAUCUCCAGUCGAGUCUCCGGUCACUGGCCCACCUCACAUUAGUCCAGAACAGCGAGCUCCCGUCCACGCUGUGAUCCUCCCUCCUACCAAACCUGUUCAACCCCACCAACCCACCUCCUCGCACGGACCAACAAAAUCUCCAGCAACAGUAUCAUCACAGAGUCUGGCUGUUGUUAUCCCCGAUCUUCCGCCUACUUUUCGGCCAGAAGAGUAUCAGCUGGCGCCCGAAGAGCCAGACACACCCAAGCACCUUUCCAGGAAGCGCAGACAUUCUUCAGGCGAGAGUGAUGAAGAUCGUUUGUCCAGAAGCGUAGACCAGCGUGAGAAAGCCGAGAUGGCUAUUCGCAAUCUCCGAGAGUAUCUUGGGGAGAUAUUCGAAGCCGAAGAUCAGAUGCAACCGGGAGCUGUUCACUCAAGUCAUUUAUUUACCGCUGCGGGUGAAGGAUUGAGUUUGACCAUUUCUGCUCAGACAAAGGUUGAGUCUCUUCUUCAGAAGGUCAUUGCCGUUGGACGUUUCUCUCAGGUGCCUUUGGACGACUUAUUGAGGCUACAGAAACUCUCUGAAUACGCAUUGAAAGACGCUGAAAGUGUUGACGUGAAGAUCGAGGAUAGCAUGGGGGAGUCCGAGAUUGAGGCCUGGGUACCUCAACUCCAUAUCGCAGAACUGGGCAUCAAGGCAGCUCGGACCUCGUUACGACUCAUGUCUGGUGGCCGCGAGGACAAGCAGCUCUAUUCGGAAGAUGUCAUUCUAUCGGCAUUGAAUGCAUUCAAGAAUGUCACGGAGACCUGUAUCGUUCCGGUGGUAGAGAUACGAAGCACUGGGCCAACAGCCUCUCUCUUCAAGCUUCUAUCAGCUGAGAAAAAGACUAUCAUCAAUCUCUUGACCCAGUGUCGGCGCCUUUUUGGACUCAUGGCGACGUUGGUAGCCAAUAUUGAGCUCUCUGAGACUGUGAUUAAUACACUCGAAUUUACGACAUCUCAGUUGGUUUUCGUGGAGAAUGCUCAAAGCGAACGAGAUUCAGUCCUAGGAGUGGCGAAAUUUGACAGCCUGAGGGUGGUUGCCAUGGACGUUCUUGCCCAGAUUUUCCUUUGCAAUCCUGCUCAACGCUCAGGUAUCUUGGACGAUAUUCUUACAUCAUUGGAAAAGCUGCCCGUCACAAAGCAAAGUGCUCGCCAAUUCAAACUUCCUGAAGGCGGAAGCAUUCAACUCGUCUCGGCACUAAUUAUGAGACUCAUCCAAACGAGUGCUACUAAGUCCGACGAUGCCAAGGACAAUCGCAGACGCAAGGCUCUUGAGGCUCUCAACGGAGAUGGAGAGGUGAACGACUCUGCCCAGCAUGCAGCUGGAAGAACCACCAUCAAUUCGGAGACUCGAGGCGAAGAGCAGCCAGUGACUGCGAUACAAGAACUUAGGGAAGCAGUCUCACCUCUGCUCGAUACCGCUCGAGGUAAUGCGAACUACGUUGUAAACUUUAUUGUCACCAGAGCAAUGAAGUCCACCAAAACUGGAGACACUCCCUAUCGCAAUUUGUUAGAUUUGUUCGUUGAAGACUUUAUCACAUGCCUGAGCUCAACCGAUUGGCCCGCUGCUGAACUACUUCUUCGAUUCUUUCUUCAUAGAAUGGUUUUACUCGCAGAGGGGGAGAAGACGCCUGCGCCCGCUAGAAACAUGGCAUUGGAUCUGCUUGGUCUGAUGGGAGCCGCAAUCUCGGAAUUGACUUCGCAUGUUCGAAAGACCGCCGGCUCCCUCGAAAAUGGGGACAGCGAUCUUGCGAAGUAUCUUGCGAGACUAGCCGAAGCUUCACUUGAGAGAAGAGCAUCCGAAGGAGAGAUCGUUUCCUGGGCUUGUGGUCCGUAUCGCACAUGCUUAGAGUUUCUUGAAGAUCGUGCUUCUGCCGAUGGCGAUCCACAGCUAGUUAGUGCUGUUGGUUUCUUCACUGCGGAAUGGGCUGCAAAAGUGUGCUCAACUUUCGAUAUGAUCGACGAUGAGAACUAUGAUCAUGCCAACAUCGAGAAGGAAUAUGGUCGCUUGGCUUAUCGGAUUCGCAUGAUGAUCAAUGAUAGAAGCUGGCUUUCCACGGAAUACAGCUUUGAUAAAGUCAGCCCGCCACACGCUCGACUUGCAUACUCUCUGUCGUUGCUGCACUCGCCUUUCUGCAGUUCUUUCGCUCGAGUUUUCUCAAUCCUGCUGAAGUCAACGACUAGCGAUCAAGCGACUGUACGCAGCAAGAGCUUGAAGAGCGUCAACCAAGUAUUGGACACUGAUGCUACGAUCCUCGAUACCGACCAUAAUGUGAUGCAUCUUAUCAAAGAUUGUGCUAGUGAUUCUUCGGUUCAGGUCAGGGAUUCUGCCCUUGGACUCAUAGGCAAAUGCAUCGUUCUACGACCUGCUCUCGAAGGGGCCAUGAUCGAGAGCAUAUUGCACCGUUUAUGUGAUAAUGGUGUUGGCGUCCGCAAACGUGCAAUCAAGCUUUCUAAGGACAUAUAUCUCAGAAAUACCAACCGUGAGGUUCGAAGUCAGAUUGCCGACUCAUUGCUCUUUCGUGUUGUCGAUUUAGAUGAGGGCGUCCAGGAGCUAGCACGCCAGACCAUUGAAGAAGUAUGGAUGUCACCGUUCUACCAAUCUUCGGCUUCGGGCGAGAAUUCUACGCACUUCAAGCUCGCUAUGGCGGAUCAUGUCUCUCUCAUGGUCAAGACCGUUCAGCGUAACAAAGGCGUCGCUACUGUCCUCGACAAAGUCUUACAGCAUUUACUUUCGACGGAAGCCAAAUACAAGGCUGCGAAUAUAAAAGUUUGCAAAGCUUUAGUAGCUACAAUGUUCGAGACCAUUAUCGACAACCCUGCCGGAGAGGGCGACGAUGCACCAUCAGCUCGCGAUGCACUCCAAAUCCUUACCAUCUUCGCGAAGUCUAAUCCUCAACUCUUUACAGCAGAACAAAUCCAGCUGCUGAAGCCAUACAUCAAGAAUGUUGGAGCAGGCGAUGAUCUAGCCAUUUAUCGGUCCGUGGUCAUUAUUUUCCGUCAUGUACUUCCGGUUUUGGCGCAAGUCCAUCAAACUUUCCUUUCCGACGUCAAGAUAGUACUAAUUCAAUCCGUCUCUCGCCAUGGAAAGGCGAUCUUAGACGAUAUCAUGGCGUGUGUCUGGAUCAUCAGUGUGGCUUUAGGAGGUGAUAUCCAGCACCUCACAAGAUUGGGCAUGUCAAGUUUGACUGGGAUUUACAACAUGAAGAAUGUAAAGUUGGGAGAGAUCGAGGCAAAGAAGGUAUGCAAGCUGUUACUGAUCAAUGGUACAUGCGGCAAGCACUGCAACCUUGAUCCUCAAAUCGAUGCUUUUCGAAAAGCCUUCCCCAACGCGUUCUCUUCAAACAGAGAACCCAAAGAUGAUUCGGUUUCCAAGUUGAUGGUAGAUACCUAUGCUCCAUUCGCUGCACAGACACAGCCAGAAGAGGUCAGAAAAUUUGCUUUAGACGCGAUUGGGAUGGUCUGUCAGUCAUGGCCAAAGAACUUCUCCUCUGCGAACAUUUACACGACAUUUCUGGGCGUCUUCGACGAACAAGAUGCUGCAUUAGAGUCGAUCAUUUUGAGAUCAUUUAAGGAAUUUCUUUCGCUCGAGGAGAAGCGUUCUGAGGCAGGAAAAGAUGGAGCGCCUAAUGCAGCUGCUGAAUCUGCUGCUAAGCUCGGAGUCAUGGGUGGUGGUCAAGGUGAUGGCGUUGCACUUGGUAUUGCCCAAAGAUUCUUGCAUCACAUCAUUCGCAUUGCUCUCUCACGCAAGGACGACCUAGGCCUGCUUGCUACCGAAGUAGUGUCCAGCAUUGCUCGCCAAGGCCUAGUCCAUCCAAAAGAGACUGGCUCAUCAUUGAUUGCUUUGGAAACAUCAUCAAAUGCAAAGAUUGCUGAUCUAGCUUUCAAGGAGCACAAAGCACUUCACGAAAAGCAUGAGACAAUCCUUGAGAAAGAGUACAUGCGAGCUGUACAGCUUGCAUAUACCUAUCAACGAGACGUUGAAGAUAAUACACAUGGCGCUACAUUGAACCCGUUUGCAUCCAAGCUGGCGAUGAUGUUGGAAAUGAAGAUCAGCAAAGUCAAGAAUCGCAAACGAUUUUACGAUAACUUGUGCGCACGCAUCGAAUUUGACCCAGCGAAGAUAAAUCUAGAAGAUGUGCCUCACCAUCUCGAUUUUUCGCAAUUCAUCAUUGAGAACAUGGCAUUCUUCGAGUACGCCACUCUUGAUGAACUCCUUUCGGCUAUCAAUGGUAUGGAAAAAGUCGUUGCAUCUACGGGUACGGGUAUCGCACAUUCGAUUGAAAGCGAAAUCUUCCAUGUGAGCCUUGAUCAACCAUCUCUGGUUGUCGAUGAGAAUGGCCAUGCACAUCCUAUCCAGCAAUCGAUAGACCCGAUGCGCCUCAAACUAUUGACGGCAUCCUCAAUGCUACUAUCGACACUCUGGGAGGCACGUACCUAUCUGCGUCGACAGUAUGGGAUCAAGUCGAAUCGACAAGAAGGAAAGAACAAAGGACAAACGAAAGACCUUAAUCGAGCUCCUGUCAAGGCACCAUUCGUUACUGGCGACAAGUUCUGGGAACAAGUUGGCACAAUCAUGAACUCGAUGGCAACAGAGGAUAGCAUGAUCAACCAGUGCCGUGCAUUUGUCGAAUUGUUGAGCGUCGAUCAAGAAUUCAAGGUUGCUGCGGAAGCGGACGAAGACGCAGAACAGACUCGUCCCAGCACACCUAGUGAUGAUGAAGAUAACGGCACCCCUGGUACGCCUGGUGGUCCGGGAAGUGGUAGAGGAAGAAAGAGAAAGGGUUCUGACACUCCCGGAGGACGAAAGAAGAGAGCUCGCUCGUCUUCAGUUGGCCCCGGUCGUGGACGUGGAAGACCGAAGGGCUUAGGGAAGAAGCAGGGCGCUGAAAAGAGUGACGAUGAUGGUGACUGGUAAUGAAGCGCCAGUAAUUCAAGAGAACGGCGUUUGGGAGGCGUUAAUCUGCCACGGAGACACCCCUGUAUUAUAUCUCUAUGGCGUCUUUUUGCGGAGAACCCUGAGGCUGGGUUGCUUCUCCCAGGCUUGGGAUCUAUACAUUUGCAGAUGGCUGGGCGUAUUACUGGCUGUAUCAUCAUCGGGCACAUAUCCAAACAUAGGUAGCAAGAGAGGAAUUGUCAAGGACAGACAUUUUGCUCAAAAAUAAAAUAUAGG